AUGUCUUUCCAGGAAAGCGCCGAAGCGGAAAUCUCUCGGUUAUUCCGAGUAUAUAGGACCGUGCACCAAAUGGCACAUCAUAGGGGUUACGUCGUGGCAGAACAAGAAUUAAACCCGGAUAUGGAUUACUUCCGAGCUAAAUGUGUAAGGAAUGGGAAGGUUUCACGCGACGAAAUGAUGUUCCAAGUACAAAAAAGUGAUAACCCAACGGAACAGCUUUUAGUAACCUUCCCCAAUGAGAAAACUGUUGGCGUGAAAUAUUUAAAACAGAUUUGUACAAAAAUGGUGGACCAACGCGUCUCUCGUGGAAUAAUAGUCUAUCAGGGCACAUUGACAUCGGCUGCGAACAAAGCGAUUCAAUCUCUAAACCAAGGCAUUAGCGACAGGGGACCUGAUACAUUUACAUAUGAAUUGGAUACAUUCUCAGAGUCGGAACUUUUGGUUAACAUUACUGAACAUCAGUUAGUACCACAUCAUACUCUAUUGACGGACGAAGAGAAAAAAGCCUUGCUGAAGAGAUAUAGAUUAAAGGAGACACAAUUGCCAAGGAUUCAAAUAACUGAUCCCGUGGCAAGAUACUACGGUUUGAAACGCGGUCAGGUGGUAAGGAUAGUACGACCUAGCGAGACGGCUGGUCGAUAUGUUACAUAUCGUCUUUGUCUCUGA